ACUCUGGCGGUGCUUGAGGAGCCCUUCAGCCCACCACUACAUGUGGGAGCCCCUUUCUGGGCUGCCGAGGCCGCAGCCGGUUCCCUCUACUUGCGAGGAGGUGUGGAGGGAGAGGCGUGGGCCGGAAGUGGGGCUGUGCGCGGCACUCGCGGGCCAGCGUGAGUUCCGGCGGGCGCGGGCUCGGUGGGUCCCCACACUCGGAGCGACCAGCCCGCGCUGCCAGGCCCGGGUAGUGAGGGGCUUAGCAACCGGGCCAGCAGCUGCGGCGGUUGCUCCAGGUCCCUCAGCACUUCCAGCGCUGGGCUCAAAUUCUUGCUGGGCCUCAGCUGCCUCCCCGCGGAGCAGGGCUCAGGACCUGCCCCCGCCAUGCCCAAGCCCCCGCUUCUCUGCUUUGGGCUCCCGCGCGGCCCAAGCCUCCCGGACGGGCGCUGCCCCCUGCUCUGUGACGCCCAGUCCUAUCACCCACCCAAGGGCUGAGGAGUACCGGUGCACGGUGCAGGACUGGCAGGCAACUCCGCCUGCAGCCCAGGUGCGGGAUCCACUGGGUCUACACGAGACAACGCCAGUGAAAUACAGAUGUGGAGACAUCCAAGAGUCACCUAAACAAUGCAAAGACAUGAUACCCAGGAGAGCCAAAGCAUCAGCACCUUCUUUUAUACCAACCACAACCACCUCGUUUCCUCUUUAUAAGCACUCUGUGUGAGAAUAGCAAUAAAAUAGUUUUAGCAGCUA